AUGUAUCUCUACCACGGGUACGAUCCGGGGGGCUACGCCUACCAAGUGCCACCUCGCUGGACACCGAAUCUGACAGGCCCGUCAGUUAAUCCCCCGUUCGUUAUUCCGCGGGUCCCAUAUGUCGAGUCAGGCAUGGGGGAACUCUCCUUGGAGGGUGAUACGAUGGAGCUAGACCCAGGCCCGCAGGCAAUCCGCUCUCCUCCUCCCUCUGCUGGUCCUUACGUCCGACCUGCUGUGCUGGAAGAUGCAGAGGAGAUUGUCCAAAUCAUCAACUGGCACAUGACGGCAAUAAAUUCUUUUGACCCGGACCUCGAAUUGCUUGAGGCUGAAAAUGUCGGCUAUUUCAUCGAGACUAGCCACUUCCGCAGACUCCCUUUCCUGGUCAUUGUCCAGCAACCGGAUACGUCUCAAAUCUCCUCGGUACCCCCAAGACCGCAGAUUGGCGGCGUUGCCUACAUCGACGCUUUCGAUGAGAUUGUCACCCAGGAUUCCAUCGGUGACCUGCGAGUGUACAUCCACCCCCAAAUGAUGCACCGCGGCUAUGGUACACUGCUUGUGGACGCUAUCCUGACUCUUUGUGACGAGCAUCACCGUCGCAGAUGCAAUGUUGAGUGGCGGCCCAUUGGGGAAGUACAGCAGGAGACGUUGCGAUUGACCCAACUGAUGUGUGUCAUUUCCUAUCCCGCCCAGCUGGAAGACAGAUAUGCAUUUACGUGGCACUGGCUGAAGAACCGAUUCGGCUUCGAAGACUUUGGCGAAUCGAGACAAGACCGCGCCAAGAAUGGCUACGAGUAUGUUAUGAUUUAUGAUUUUUUUCAUUGCCUGUGCAGGAUUGAGUUGAAGUACUGA